AUGUACUUGUUUCAAGUUUUUGGCAUUGUGGCUAUCACUUCGGCGAUCAGUGCUGAAUUUAGGUCAGGUUCCUGCCACUCUCGGCUCACCGUCGAAUGCUCUUGUCCGCCACAGUGGCAUCUGUGGGGGAACGAGUGUUAUCGCAUCUCUCCUUCACUGCAUACUUGGGAGGAUGCCAAAUCGGCUUGUCAAGGCAUAGGCGGUAAGAUGGCCACUCCUCGCUCGCUCGAGGAAAUGAAUUUCAUGGCAGAAUUGGCACGAAAGGUGGGCAGUAACUACUACGCCUGGAUAGCUUGCACUGACAUGGAAAAAGAGGGAACCUGGGAGUGCGACGGUCAGGAAGGAGAAGAACCCUUCCUGGAAUGGGCUGAUGAGCAACCAGAUGAUGAUAGUGGCAACCAAGAUUGUGCUGCGAUAGCAUCGUCAUUAGGUGAAAAAUUGGAUGAUGGUGAAUGUCGGAUAUCUACCUGGGCUAUUUGCGUUCGUCGAGCUGCUUGCACUCACGGCCUAAUCCAGCUCCGUCACUAG